GCAUAAUUUUAACCACACUCUCAAAACUAUUCAACCCUCAAAAAUAAAUAAAAGCCUCACGCUUCCUCUAUAUAUGUAAAGCUCAGACCCAGGGCCAAGCGAUAUACCAAGACAUGGCUCCUCCUCCCUCCUCCUCCGUUUGCAUUGUCGUGUGUCUGGCCUCUGCCAUCGCUUUGCUUUCCUCCAUCAACCACGCACGAGCUCAGACCGCUCCCCCCAUUGCUCCGGGGCUCUCCUACACGUUUUACAGCUCCAAGUGCCCAAAUCUUGAGACUAUUGUGAGGAACCAUCUCCAACAAACAUUUAACAGCGACGUCGGCCUUGCUGCCGGCCUCCUCAGGCUCCACUUCCAUGAUUGCUUCGUUCAGGGGUGCGACGCAUCCGUUCUGCUGGACGGGUCGGCCAGCGGGCCCGGCGAGCAGUCGGCCCCGCCGAAUCUGACGCUGCGAAAGGCGGCGUUCAAAGCCAUAAACGACCUCCGAGCUCUCAUCGACCAAUCUUGCGGCCAAGUUGUUUCUUGCGCCGAUGUCGUUGCCUUGGCUGCUCGCGAUUCCGUUGCACUGGUACGUAGAUUUAUCGUCACCGACUUUUUUAUUAUUUUUUUUUUAUAAAUUACCCGAGGAUUU